CUGCUACGUCAUCACCAGGCGCCCAAGUGACAUCAUCCAUACGCGACAAUGAAGCAUGGCGUCCUCGCUGAGAGCGGAGGAUACUAAGGUUGUUACGGUUGUUUUUGUACUUAAAUGUUUCCGAUUUAAUUCAAUGUCCGCGUUUAAAACAUUUUGAUCGUGAUUUUGUCAACCAAAAGACCAAAAAUGCAGUUUGUAAAAGUCGGUCGUUUCCCCUCGGCUGUGGUCAGAGCAGUCUCCUCUGGCAGCACUUGUUGUCCCCGCCUCGUUCGACUAUGUUCGUCUCCCUGGACCGUUGACUCCUCUGUCUGCCGGACUCGUUUAAGUUCCACCGCAGCCUCGUCCACGGAGGACACCGUGGUUAUCCGUGUUCCUCGGUAUCUGCAAAAGCGCAUCGAGAACAUCAAGCAUACACGAGGCAAAAAUAAGAUCCCCACCAUCCGAGCCGGGAAACUGCUGAUCCAGGGCAGGAAUCCUACUUUGAACCAGUCCACAGGAUACGUUCUGGGGAAGUUUGAACAACCGAAUCUUUGUUCCAAAGGAUGGAAACACAACAAAUCCUUUGGUGACUACUUCACUGUAAACAACACCAGCUCUGUGGCACCGUGUGUGACUGAAAGUUACAAAGAAGAAGAGGCUGAGAAAAAAACAACGACCACCUUUAAAAACCUUCACAUCUGCACGGAGUUGGUCGAGCUUUUGGAGACUGAUAAUAUUAAAUAUCCCACCACUGUGCAGCGGCAGGUCAUCCCAAAAAUUAUGAAAGGUCACAAUGUGCUCUGUGCUGCAGAAACAGGAAGUGGAAAGACCUUGAGUUAUCUACUGCCGAUCAUUAACAGACUGAGGACGGACGAGAAAUCCAGCAGAAUUCGAGCUUUGGUUCUGGUUCCUUCCAGAGAGUUGGCUGAUCAAGUGGUCGCUGUGGCCCGCCGUCUCUGUGCUCCGUUUGGAUUGCUGGCUAGGACUGUAGGUGGUGGCCGAGGCAUUGGACAUAUCAAAGGGGUCUUCAAGAGUGACCAUCCACAUAUUUUGGUGGCGACACCUGGUGCUCUUGUGAAGGCAAUUAGGAAGAAUUUUACACACUUGAGUGAGUUGAGGUUCUUUGUUGUAGAUGAGGCUGAUACCAUGUUUGACCCAAGCUUUUCUGACUUGCUCCAAACUAUCCUGAGCUGCACUUACAUUUCUCGCGGUCCUCAGGAAACACAAGGACUCUCCCAGAAAGCUCAGUUGCUGGUGGUGGGCGCCACCUUCCCUGGUGGUGUUGGUGAAGUGCUCAGUCAUGUGACAGAUCUUGGCAGCAUGAAAGUCAUUAAAAGUAAGAUGCUGCACCUCCUCAUGCCACAUGUCAAACAGACCUUCCUGAAGGUGAAAGGUGCUGACAAAGUCCUGGAGCUGAACCAAGCUCUAAAGUCGCAUCAACAAGAAAAAGGAGCAGAUGCUGUUCUGGUGUUCUGCAACAAAUCUGCCACUGUUAACUGGUUGGGGUAUGCUCUUGACGAAUUGGGGGUUCACCACAUGCGUCUCCAAGGGGAGAUGCCUGCGUCUGUGCGUACAGGAAUCUUCAACUCCUUCCAAUCGGGCGUAGUGGAUGUACUGAUUUGUACAGAUAUUGCCUCACGUGGCGUGGACACGUCCCGGGUGCAUUUGGUUGUUAACUAUGACUUUCCAGAAUCACUCACGGACUAUAUUCACAGAGCAGGGAGAGUUGGCAGAGCUGGAGGUGCAGAGAAUGGCAAAGUGCUCAGUUUUGUAACCCACCCUUGGGAUGUGAACCUGGUACAGAAGAUAGAAACUGCAGCACGAAGGAGGUCUAUUCUGCCAGGGUUAGAGACUGAGAUCCAUGAACCAAAGCCUGAGGUACAGGAGGAAUAAAAUAGGUCUUAGUUCAUAGACUUUCCUAAAAAAUAUAUAAUAGGAUUGAAUGUUUGAACAUAUGACUCCGUUACACAUGCACUGUAUGUUGAAAUUAAAUUAAUAAUUUUAAUUUUAUGCACAGAAUAGAUAAAUUAAAAAAAAUAAAAAAUAAAUAAAUUUAAUAAAAUU